UGACCAGAGUUAAAUUUCUGGUGUUGAUAAAGAUAGAGUCAAUCGAACUCUAUUUGGAAUUGAUUUAAAUCUGUAUGUUGUUAAAUCUGUUUGAUUUCACACUGCACCACAAAAGAGUUGGUGUCAAAAUGGAGUGUUAUUACUGUUAUUGUGAAACCAACUCUAUGGGUCGUCAGUCUCUCAGCUCGGGUGUAAGGAGUGACUACCCUCUGGCAUCGCGCGAACAAUAAUCUCGUGAGAGCAACAAUCUGGCGGGAUUCAAGUAAUUUACCUGCACAACUCAACUGGAACGCAACGAGCAGCACAACGUUUUCGAGGACAGUUUGUUCAAAAUUGAAGAAAACGUGUUGCAUUGUGUCGGUAAGUAACAGUUAAUUAGAUAACCUAAUGAGUGCUAUUAUUAUAUACAGAUGGACAUAUAUUUAGACAUUAGUAAUAUAUUUAUAGCCGCUGUAAUGUAGGUUAACUGUUAUGCUGCCGCCUUUACUCCAGCCAGGCUAAUGUCAGCUAGCUAGCAACCGUAACCUACGCCCAGAGCGGACAAACUACUGUAGGCUACGGUAACUGGCAAGCUAACGUUGGCAAGCUAACGUUAGCAAGAGUUUGUUUCUUCUACUUUCACACGUUUUCUGAUUACUGGUCUAUUGAGUCUGACUGUGAGCAAAAUAGAAUUCCUGUUGAGUGUUUAAAGUUUGGCAAUGUAACGUUAAGUUACGUGACGGUACUUUAGUAAUGCCAACAUUCUUUCAAAUAAAUAAAUGCUAGUUAGCUGGCUAGCUGAGAGCCAGAACCGGUUCUCACGUCUUAGCUGCAUGGAAGCAAAUAUUCUCAUACAAGGACUGGGUAUAUGUAUAUCUAAAUUACAUUUUGAUUAUCAGAAGUGUGGGUAGUUAAUAUGAAGUUACUAUCGGAAAGUUAAUCGGAAGGACUCCUUUCUCAAAUACGUUUUACUGUUUUUAUAAUUACUCAACGCCGCAGGGCUCAAGUUUUGAAGGGGGGGGGCUGAACGCUACGGCUGACCGGGCGUGGACACUACGUGCAGCGGUUACGGUUACAGACACCGUCGGGAAGGUUGGAGGGGAGCCAGCGCGGACUUUUUUUUCAGCGUGAGAAAUACGAUGUGUGGGUAACACUUGAGAGCCCUGACGCCACCAGUUACAGCGCACGGAAAGCUCUUCACAGUCGAAUGCAUUUAUUCCAUGCUAAAUGCAUUAAAUCGACAUUGACAAGAGCGCAAGUGCAUAGAAACUGCAGUUUGACUAACGUUAGGCAGAAUUACACGUUAAAGCUCUGCAGCUCUGCUUCGUGCUGAGGUUAGCUAAACUGUUCUUUUCUGCUUGUAUUUUAUGAUAAUGCCUAAAACAAGCGCACGUGGGUCUUUUUAUUUUACCGACUGACUCAGCUAAAGAGCUGCUGGACAAGUGGAAAUUUAAUCGGCUUUGAUCAAAGACUACUAUUUCUGUGCUAAUUCAUGUUGUUUUCAUGUGCUAAAAACUCUUGUUUUAGAGAGGCAUGACUGACUCCUAUUUGGACUUGUUUUAAUCUGUUUUAUUCUUUAUCAUUUUACAGGAAAUGUUGGCUAAAGUGGAGAUUGGAGGGGUCCUAAAAUACGUGAAAAUUCCAGAGACUGAUGGAUUUUUUCAAUUUGAUAUGUUCCUUCAAGAAGUGAACGACGAGUUUAGUCUGCAGCCAGACAGCUUGAGUGAGGGCCAGUUCACCGUCACAGAUAUGUCAGGAACAGAGGUGGAUGGAGAUAUCUUUGAUGAGCUUGUCAAGUCGGGUGUCCUGACCUUCAAGGUCCCUUUACCAGUAAUGGAUCUGGAUGUUGAGCUGGUUGCAGAUCAAGCAUCCUCCUCCGUAUUGACAUCGCUGUCCCCAACUUCAUCCCAUUCAUCCUUGGUAGUGGCACAGACUGCACUAUCCCCAGCUUUAUCCCAUUCAUCUGAUUCCACCGUUAUUCUGGAGUCCACAAGAAAAAGGAGGAACCCAACAGGGUUAAUGGACCAGAAUGAAGCAAAACAGAUGGUUGAGGGUGUUCUGAGGGCCAAUCCAAAGGAUGAAGAAGUCUUCAAUGAGUAUGAAAAGACUAAAAUACUAACUGAUGCAACCCGUAAACAAAUGGUGAACAUCCUGGUUGCAGAUAUGAUAGAGCUACAUGGGAGGGUUCCACCGUCAAGUGUAAGGACCAAUUAUGCACUGGGAAUUGUGACUCUUUUUCCAUACCUCCGUGAUCCAUUCUCCAAACUUGGAUAUGAACACUACUAUGAUCCUGAGGGUAAUACUGGCUUAAUUUCAUGGAGGAUCAAGACGGUUCAACGCAACACCUUUGCUGGCUUGCGGGGUCGUUCCAAGACCGUUCUUCAGGAUGGUCCAAAAACCAGGCGAGAAUCUCUGUCAACCUGCCAACAGCUAUUUGGUGAGGAGUGCAGGGAGGCGAUAUCUACAAUAAGACAUUCCAGCAAUGAAUCUGUGGUCAAAGAGAAGAUGAGAGCGACCUUCCAGUAUCGACAGAAGAUGGUUGGGGAUGAUGCAUCAUCUUCAGUCCUGGAUGUGUUCCCUCGUUUUCUUGAUGUACCUGGAUUGAUCGACCAGGAUUUCUCAAUGAUGUUUGGUGACGAAGUGGUCUCAGAAGUUCCUGUCUAG